UAACAACGAAUAACGUCGUGCGUGUGUUUGGACUUGAAGUCGUAUGAAGAGGCCCAAACCUGUUCCAGCAUAACAGUGUUCCUAUGCACAAAGCAAGCUUCAGGAAACCUGUGGAUAUUUUAAUAAAGUGACCUGGACCUACUUACUGCUGCUGGGUCUUGUUUGAGUAGAAUUUAAAAGAGCUUGUUUGGUAUUUCCCAGUUCGUUCUUGAGCUAUGUCCAUGGUGGCUCUUGUGCAGCUGGCCUCGCGCUGCGGGUCGCACAUGUGCCACAGGAUGGUCCUAAACAGAGUCCACCUUAUUCAGGACAAGCUGGUGCGGUCACUGCACAGCCCGUCAAGCACCCAGUUCAGCAAUUCACGCUUCGACCCGGACAGCAGCGGACGCCCCACAACCUGGGACUCGUUCGGCAUUUGGGACAAUCGCAUCGACGAGCCGAUUCUCCUGCCAUCCAGCAUCCGCUACGGCAAACCCAUCCCCAAAGUCAGCUUGUCCAACGUGGGCUACGCCUCGCAGAUCGGCCAGCGCAAAGAAAACGAGGACCGCUAUCAGGUGUCACAGAUGACCAGUGACAUACUUUACUUCGCUGUGUUCGAUGGCCAUGGCGGUGCUCAGGCCGCUGACUUUUGCCACAAGUACAUGGAGCAGCACAUCAAAGAGCUCGUGGCAACAGAGGGCAACCUAGAGGUCGUCCUGACAAACGCGUUCCUAAACGUGGACAGAGAAUUAGAGAAGCACCUUCAGUGUGGUGCAGACGCCUCGGUGCUAAGCUCAGGCACCACGGCCACGGUGGCACUGCUGAGAGACGGCAUCGAACUGGUGGUGGCCAGCGUGGGUGACAGUCGGGCCAUGCUCUGCCGGAAAGGCAAAGCUCUAAAACUGACCCUGGACCACACACCUGAGAGGAAGGAUGAGAAAGAGAGGAUUCGUAAGAGUGGAGGUUUCGUGACGUGGAACAGUCUGGGCCAACCUCACGUAAACGGGCGACUGGCCAUGACGCGGAGCAUCGGAGAUUUCGACUUGAAAAACGCAGGCGUCACCAGCGAACCAGAGACCAAGCGGGUUUCGUUACAUCACGUACACGACGCCUUCCUGGCACUCACCACAGACGGCAUCAACUUCAUCAUGAACAGCCAGGAGAUCUGUGACGUCAUCAACCAGUGCAACGACCCCAAAGAGGCAGCGCAGCGUCUCUCUGAACAGGCCUUACAGUACGGUGCAGAGGACAACAGCACGGUCAUUGUGGUGCCAUUCGGUGCAUGGGGCAAACAGAAAAGCUCGGACGUGAGCUUCUCCUUCAGCCGCAGCUUUGUGUCCAGUGGCCGUUGGGCCUGAGUGAGUGAGGGACGGAAAGUGAGCGGAGGAGGAGAUUGGGGAUAAGGGGGAAUGGUUUUGAACAAAUCAGUGGACCAGGUGGGAGGAAGAUCCCAGAGUGCAAUAAAACCAGGGUGUUUUGGGAACAGGAAACAUUAAACUUGACUCAAACUGCUUAGAGACAGUAAAGCGUUUUGUGUGAACAGUACUGUAUUAGGAAUAUUCCAGUGUACAUCCCAUCUGCUUUCCUGAAGAAGUGUCCAGUAUGUGCACACCAAUCAGUAUUUCUAAAACUGAACCAAGAUCAGUGACGUGGCCUGUCGGUUGCCGUACGUACGGUUUUUCUAGUUUUACCUCGGAAUUUUUUCAAGUGUGUAUAUUUUAUAACUGUGAAUAGACCUUUGUUUGUUUGUUUUAAUUUGCAAGCACAUUUGAUGGGUCAAAUAAUACACUCACACUUGAUAUAGCACUUGAUCGUAGUAGUCACUAUGAUCCUCUGUAUCAGCUACUUCCAUGGUUUAAAGUGCUACUUGGUCAUUUCAAACCAUUUAAUCGUCUGAAGGUAUUGGUUUCGCUAGUGACUUAAUUAUCUCCUUCCCCAUGCCUUACUAAGACAUGACGAUGCAUGGUUUUAUAUAAAGUAGCGUUGGUCUGUACAAACCUGUAUUAUUUGAUCUCAGCAUUCCUUCAAUAACGAGAGCCCAGCUAUACACUGAUACGGUUUUAGUAACCAGCUCCUACCUAGAUGCUUCUGUAUGUCCAUCACAGCCAUCAAAUUCACAUAGACUGUCCUUUUAUUCACACUGAACAUUUAUUAAAGGUAUUGCUGGGUGAUGGUGCACUUAUCCAGGGGCAGCUGUUUAACGUACGCUUGUCCGUUACUCACAGCCCGAAGCGUUUGACAUUAACCAGCAGAACAGUGUAAUUGAGAACACUGUGGGUAAUUCCCAAAUAAAUCCCAAUAUUCCACAGGGAUUCGGACAUUUUAGUACAUGCAUGUGUUCUAGUGGGCGUGGUUUCGUGGACACUCCUGAAGGAAAUCGCUCAGCUGCUCGUUUUCACAUUAAACUUAAGUUAAUCUGGGCCACUGCACAGCAUCCUACUCAUCUAGUGCCUUUUUUUUUGUUUCAGUAAUUAACACUCCUCAUGGAAGCACAUGAGUUCAGAACACUAUUAAAGUCUCCUUAAAAUACAAACUUGUGGCUUUCUUACAAACACUUUUGUAAGAGAGCAGUCCUCAUAAGUGCAUUUGGUACAGGUUUGUUUUGUUUUUUACUGUAUGUUUUGUAUAUAAUCAUAUUUAUAUAUUUUGAUGUUCCAGAAAUCUAUAUAUACACAUAUAUAUAUAUAUACGUU